AUGGCGGACGUCAGCUUUACCACCAACACUUCCGUAAUAAGACCGUCACGUUUUUCCUCUGAAGCAGCCCACGAUGACAGCCGCUGUGGCUUCCAUGUCAAAGAUAUUGCAACCUUUGCCACAACGUUAGAGGAGGCAGUCAAAGGCGCUUUUCCAAACCGACACCGUUCUAAAUAUGGAACCGUACAUGUUCGUUUGAUCAGAUGGGAAGUCGGAGGCGGAGCUAAAGAUCCCGGGCAUGAGAAAGAAAUGAGCAGCCUCUACGAUAUUUUCAAGCACGGCUAUGGAUUCAACAUCGAGACAUGGAAGAUUCCAAUCAUCCAACCUCAUUGGAAGCUGAUGAGAAUGGCUCUAGACCUCAUUAAGGAGUUCGACGCGAAAAACAAUCUGUUCAUUGUCUACUAUGCCGGCCACGCAACGAUGAACGAGAACGGAUGGUCUUUGUGGAAUCAAGAUCGAGACCCGACAAGUGAAUCAAUCGACUAGUCAUCAGUCCGAAGGGUCUUUGAGCGCUCAUCAUCUGACAAUCUGUUUCUUUUCGAUUGCUGUGCUGCACUCAGUUCUGCCAAGAUCUCUGGUUGUGGAACCGUAGAGACAAUUGGAGCUUGUGGUUUUCAGCGGCAUAGCUCCUCCUCCCAGGAACUACUCCUUCACAACUACACUGGUUGAAGUCCUUGGAGAGUGGAAAUCGAAGCCUUUGUUUCCCGUGAGUCUUCUCCAUUCGGAAGUGUUUCGUCGGCUCAAGGGAAAGCGGCCUGAGAAAGGCCGGGAAGGCACUUAUCUGGAAUGGUGUACGACUCCAGUGUAUUACAUCGCCAGCCCAGAUCCAAGGCCCCAGAGCAUAGAGCUGAUCCGACUAAGCCAAGAGGCCCCAAUGCAACCAACAGCUCCACCAGAUCAAUCCUCAAGUGGCGAUUCCUCACUUGAAACCCAACAAGAGGAAUAAGGGACUGAGCUGACGGAUACUCAUUCAAAUGGAGACCUGAAGCACCCCCAUGUUCUUCUCUGCGUGGCUCUCGAGCAAGACCAAGAUGAUCUACAUCCGGAGCAGUUCCAGCGCUGGCUUUCGAGAAUUCCAGCACUGGCCAAAUAUGUAAAGAUUGAGGGGUGUUUCAAGAGCUACUCGACUUUGGUCUUGGUAUCUUUGCCAGUGGCUAUCUGGAACCUACUCCCGAAUGAUCCAGCUUGUUGCUUCAUUGGUUAUGUUACUUCGAGAAACUCCCCCCUCUUGAAGAUGCAGAACUGAAAGAAGUCACUCCGACACCAGUCAUGUUUGACGCCUCCGGCAGAGCCAUCCAUUCACAUCUGGAAACCAAUGAUCGACCAAUUUAUGCUAUUGCUACACGGGGCGUUACAUAAGGCGAUCAAUCGGACAGUGGUGAACUUCAAAAUUGCACAUGACCAGAGAAAUCGUAUUGUGUUGCUGGUUCAGAUUCACCUAAUGUGGGUCGUAUUUCAACAGCGACAGAUCCUUCACAUCAAAUUGGAACUUCGAUCAAGGAGUUGGAACGUCUCUUACUUUGUCAGAUGAAUUCUUUUCUUUAGAUCUCAAAUAAUUAUAACUGUGGGUGGAAAAGAAGUGCUGAGGCAUACCCUCCUUUUCAUUGGAAAUCAAAGAUCUAAGUCACAGCACCUAACUCAGACCGCAAUUAUUUCCAUUGAUGUUCUCCGGAAGAUUUGAGAUCACCCCCCCUUUGCCGUAUAAAUGGUACGGGUAGAGCAAGUAAAUCGUGGCAAAGGACCCCAUCCUUCCACGUCCAGACAUUUCCCUUCGAUUUCUGAAGCGACCCUUUGAUAUGAUGCAUUAAGCAAUAACUCUUUACCAACAAUUGAUUUCCGUCUCCUCGUAUCUCCUCGUAUCACCUCGCAAAUUUGCCUCCUUACCAAGUCAACAAAGACGACCCACAAAUCGGCCCACCAACACGAAAGAAUUUUUUUUAAGCGAG